AUGCCUUCAGAAGCUGUGGAUAAGAAAAAAAUAGAUCCGAUGAAAAUAAAGUUGUCAAAAGCAGCAGAUGGCACUAUUCAACACUUUCAGGAUUUUAACAACUCUGAAAAAUUGGAAGAUAAAAAAACAGAGCAACAAUUAAAUUCUCAACAAACUGCGCAACAACUAUUUGGUCAACAAUCACAAGAGGAACAAAUAAAUCAACAACAACAAUUACAACUACAACUCCAACAACAACAACAUCAAGAUUUUCAACAGCAACAACAGGAUCUAAAACAAAAAAUGCAAUUUUUGGAACAAAAAGAAAGAGAUUUUAAAGAGAGACAGCAGAUUUUAGUCGAGAGACAAAGAGAAAUGGAUGAUCGCGAAUCGGAUUUGAAUAAAAGAGAGAUGAAAAUAGGCGAAAAAGAAUGUGUAUUAAAUGGUAAUAUAAGAAACCUUCAGGAACAAAAUCAACAAAUUAAACAUAAACAACGACAACUUCAGGAUCAAGAACAAGAAAUUAAACAAAAACAACAAUCAAUUCAUAAGCAGCAGCAGAAAAUCGAAAAACUACAAGAACAAUUACAAGAAAGAGAAAAAGAAGUAGAUCAACAAGAACAAGACAAUUUACAAUCACACCCAAAUUACAAGGAAUUACACGAAUUAAACUUACAAAACACACACUUGCAAGAACUCGUGGAACAGCACUCCAAAUUCUUGCAAGAGUACACAAACAAACUUUCAACAUUACAAAAACAAUUACAACCACCUCAACAACAAAAAACAAAAAAAGAAAAUUAUGAAAAUCAGGAAAACGAAAUUGACCCAGAACUACUAUGUCAGAAUAAAAAAGAAAAGCAGCUUUAA